AUGAGCAACAAGCAGCCAAACCUCUACGCCUACCCAUCGGUCAGCGAGCUCGCGCCCGCUCUGCGAGCCUACGUCAUCCAAGCACAGAAUGCCGGCCUGAGUCGUCACGGUGCCUUCAAGGUCGCCGUCUCUGGCGGUUCCCUCCCCAAGACGCUGGCGCAAGCCCUGCUCACCCCGUCCUCCGGCCCCGAAGACACCGUCCACUUUGGUAAGUGGGAGAUCUUCUUCGCCGACGAGCGCGCCGUGCCCCUCGACCACGAAGACUCCAACUACGCCCUCCUGAAGAAGGAGCUGCUCGAGAAGAUCCCCGAGGAGCUCGGCGCCCCGACCGUCCACCCCAUCGACACCACCUACCUCAACGACACCCAGGAGCUGGCCGACCAGUACGAAAAGACCCUCGUCACCAGCUUCGCCAGCCGCGACAGCGUGCGCCUGCCCAUCUUCGACCUCCUGCUGCUCGGCUCCGGCCCCGACGGCCACACCUGCAGCCUGUUCCCCGGCCACGAGCUCCUGCGCGAGACCACCGCCUGGGUCGCUCCCAUCGAGGACUCCCCCAAGCCCCCGCCGAAGCGCAUCACCCUCACCCUCCCCGUCGUCAACCACGGCGUCAAGAUCGCCUUCGUCGCCACCGGCGGCGGCAAGAAGGACAUCAUGAAGAGGAUCUUUGAGCACGGCGACGGCCUCCCCUGUGCCCUGGUCAACGAGGGCGCCGGCGACCGCGUCAGCUGGUUCGUCGACAACCCGGCCGUCGAGGGCGUCAGCUUCCCCCGCCGCUCCUUCCUGUAA